UCUGUCUUAAUUUGUAUAGUUAACUCUUCCCUGUUAACGACCCCACCGUCACUAAGAGUGGAGUUUAGGGGGUCACGUGUUUUGCACGUGAGCGAGCUUUAUGGUUCUCAAUUCCCCGGCCCGUAUUGUGGGGUCCACAGCAUCCAGGCGAAAUUGUCCUUGCGGGAUUUUUUUUCUUAUAAAUGUUUUUCUCCCGUUGAUUAUUACCAGUAACUUUUUUCCCGGUUGGCUCAAAUCUUGAGCAAAGGCAAAGGUUGGGGGGAUCUUCAGGGCCGUUGGAUGGUGAAGUGAAUUUAGUGACAAAAGAUUUGCUGCAGUGAAAUGAUAAAUGGGAAGGGCCCACGUGAUCUUCUUGCAGCAGGAGGAGGAGGAGGAUUAGGGUGACGUGUGAGAGAUGAGGGUAACAGGUCGGAUUUCGUUGGUGGGUCCUGGUAGAUGGGUGUUGACACCUGUACAUGACGAAUGCUGAGUAGGAUUUCUUCACCUUUUUAUGGGUUAAUAAAAUAAUAAAAAGUUAUUGGACCCAAUGCCAUCCAUUGGUCAGUAAAGUGUGUUUCUUUUGCUUUGUUUGUACACUCCUUUUGGUCCAAAUUCUAGUCUUGCAAACCAUUGCAAAGUGUGUUUGUUACUGUUUAAGUAGCAUGGUGCUGUUAUCUUGUGCAUCGUGGUGGCAGCUUUUUAAUCUGCAAUAAUGAAAUCAAGAAAGUUAUAGUAAUGGAUUCGGUUGACAGGUCUGCAGUUACCCCAAAUAAGAGCAAGAGUAGAUUGGCGCGCACGUUUGCUAAGGUUUUGCACAUUCGAGCAGUAACUGGGAUAGCUCCAGAUGAUGGAAUCCAGAAGAUUAAUUCCCCUGAAAAUGUUAAGAGUAAUUUGGUAAAGAACAAAAGCCAUUUGCAGCCAUUUGAUGAUGAGGACGAGAAGCUGUGCAGUAGAGCGGCUACAGAGGCAUUUGUAGCCAAGCUUUUUGCCAGUGUCUCAUCUGUUAAAGCAGCGUACGCCCAGCUUCAAUAUGCUCAGUCUCCUUACGAUCCUGAUGGAAUUCAGACAGCAGAUGAGAUGGUGGUAUCAGAGUUGAAGAAUGUGUCAGAACUGAAGCAAUGUUACUUGAAGAAGCAAAUCGAUGAAUCUUCCCCUGAAACCACUCAGAUCUUGGCCGAAAUUCAGGAGCAGAAGAGCUUGCUGAAAACAUACGAAAUAAUGGGGAAGAAACUAGAUUCGCAGCUCAAACUGAAGGACUCCGAGCUCACAUUUCUCAGAGAGAAACUGGAGGAAGCCAAUAAAGAGAACAAGUUGCUAGAGAAGAGAUUGAAUUCAAGCGGGCAGUUAUCAUCAGCUCUUGAUAACGUUCACUUGUCAAGCUUAAGCCCCAGUCACUUUAUUACAUUUGUUCGGCAGACAAUUAAGUCUAUUCGGAGCUUUGUUCGGUUGCUCAUCAGUGAGAUGGAAUCUGCAGAGUGGGAUCUAGAUGCUGCUGCCAGUUCAAUUGAGCCUGGCGUUGCCUUUUGGAAAAACAGCCAUAAAUGCUAUGCAUUCGAGUCAUUUGUCUGCCGGGAAAUGUUUGAUGGUUUCAAUCAGCCCGACUUCUCAGUUUCAAAGGAAUCUUUGCCUGAGCAGAAGAAACGGCAACGGGUAUUCUUUGAAAGAUUCAGGGAAUUGAAGUCUGUGAAACCAAUGGAUUACCUAGCUUGGAAGCCUAAAUCCGCAUUUGCAAAAUUCUGUCGCGCUAAAUACUUGACACUGAUUCAUCCCAAGAUGGAAACAUCUCUUUUCGGCAAUUUGGACCAGAGAAAUUUAGCGAAUGCAGGGGAAUACCCAGAGACAACGUUUUUUGCUGCGUUUGCAGAGAUGGCGAAGCGCAUUUGGCUACUACAUUGCCUUGCCUUAUCUUUCAAACCGGAAGCCUCAAUCUUUCAAGUGGACAAGAGAAGUAGAUUCUCAGAAGUUUACAUGGAAAGCGUGAGCGAGGAAGCAUUCCUGUCAUCUGAUGGUUCGCCGGAAUCCGAGCCUCGGGUGGCUUUUACGGUAUUUCCAGGGUUUAGGAUAGGCAAAACUGCUGUUCAGUGUCAGGUUUAUCUUUGCUAGUAGAUAUGCAUGGAUGGGGAUCAAAGCAUUUACGCGCCAUCUUGGUCGACCCCAUUAGCGUCAAAAGCCUGAUCUGGAGGCCACCGGCUUCAAUAUUUUUUAUUUUGCACUGUUAAAUUUUGUAGAUUUGACAGAGCCAUGGCUGGUUAUGGGUUCUUUUUGUCCCCCCUUUAAUCUGGAAAGGAAAGCGCGUUGACUGUUUGGUAUGGGACCAAAGUUGGUGAAUCUUCGCUCUGUUUUGGUAAAUAUAAUACUAUGAUAUAUGUUCCUAAGCUUGCUCAUGUCAAGAAUUAGCUGUAUUGUAUACUAUUAUAUUAUAGUAUUCCUCUA